UUGCUAAAACAAUUCUUCCGCCGGUUUUGGAUAUGGAAGAAGAAAUCAAAUACAACGUUUUAAUAAUUCCAAACAACGAAAUUGGUGACCAAAGUGUCACAUCCAAGUUUAACAUCGGUUGGGAGGAGGUUCUGAGCAGCUUGCGGAGCAUUGUAAUCGCCAAAAUUGACACAAGUGGCUCGUUAGGGCGGGGCGAAGAGUGGCUCAAAUCAAUCAGGGGUCAAAUUGGCGCCCGGGAGUCAGACGAGAUACUGGCCUCUAUGAGGUACCUCCGUUCGUUGCAUUAUGUUACGGAGAAGAUGGGCAUUACAGGACAGUCCUAUGGAGGACACGUGGCCUUGUCUACAAUGAACUCAGAUUUUAAUGACGUUAUUUCUUGCGGGACUGUCCUUUCACCCAUCGUAGAUUAUGCGUAUAUGAAUUCAUAUGUACACACCAAGUAUAAUAUACCUGCUGGGUACCACAUAUCACAAGGACCAAAACUGCUGAAAAGCGCCGCAAAUAUGAAAAAGCAUUCCUUAUUCCUUUUACAUGGGACACUGAAUGAUCGCGUUCAGUUCCAACACACUGCUCAAUAUAUCAAAUCACUUGUGGACGCUGGUGUAAGCCAUAUGCAACAGAUCUACCCUGAUGUCCGGAACAUUUUUGAUUCUCACUUGUUGCAUGUUGUCAACAGCAUUGAACGUUUCUACAUUGACUGUUUUGGGCUGGAUCCUAAUUCUGAUCCCGUUUAUAUAGUGGAAGAUGAGGAGGAGGACUAACGUACAUUUUAAUCAAUUUAAAAGAGGUUGUGACUUUCUCCUGGACAGAAGUACUGGUUUAUAGGCAGGAAACAGAAAGUGAUUCUUUAAUCUAUCAGAUUUCGCCACACUAUUACAACAAAAGCUAACAUGAAUUAUAAAGGUACAAUGCGACAGGAAUGCUAACAAAAAACAUGUGAUGGGAAAUUGAAUCGAAGAAAUAACUAAAAAUACAGAAGAAAAACACGCGCGAAACUAAAGAAGUGGAUGACUGGGGAGCAAAGAUCAGAAACUGCAAUAUGGCGAGGAUCUCGUAAACAAAGACAUAACAAACUGGAAUCGUACACGAAAUAAAAGAAAAGAAGACAAAAAAAGCAUCACACUAAAGGAAACCAAAUAAUUUGAAAAAUAUUGAUGUAAAGUACGUUUACUAGAAAUAAGAACGUAGUCAAAUGGUGAUGAUGUGGUUGACAUAAUCAGCAAAACGAAUAAUUUGCUGCAGAAAUAAAUAUUACCUCAAAAUGUAUCGAAGAAGCAAAUAAUAGCUUUACAAACAAUAUGUUCCGGGUUUUUUCACACACUAUUGUUAUCAAUUCGCAUAUAAUUCUGUAAAGAACCUGUUAAGAGAUGGAUUGUUGACCAGCAUGGCACGGUUCAACUUAAGAAACCCGACCAAAAUAGAAGCUUGUUUUCAAAUAUUAUCUCCAUUAUUCACAUUGUUAAAUGCUGAUGCCUGGUUUGCAAGCAUUUCAAAAGACACUAC